CUGCCACAAGCGAUCCACAAGCAAUUCUCGAAGGACAUCGAUUGGUGCUGCCUACGUGCGAUCAAUGGCGCACGUCCCUGACAUGUCUGCACUCCGAUACUCUCCAAAUUAUUAUCGAUAACGUUUCAGUCUAGGACGCGCCCUCAGAGUCCCGACAGUUUCGCUUCAUCUAAGUUAUCUGCAUUCUAUGACUUCGUCUUUGCCGAACCCAGUGUGAGAAUGACCUACAUUCGCUCCGUGAAGCUCGAGGAGCCGAUCCACUACUCCCCGUUUGAUUAUGAUUCGCCUGUCGCCACCACGAUGUGGACAAGUUCUUUGGCUCGCCUCCCUAGAAGAGCCCCUGCUCUGCGAUCGCCAUCGCUGCACCGCCUGGACACCAUGAUUGCUCGUCACCCGCACCUCGCCCAUUGAGCUCCGCGACGCUCCUGC